CGUGCGGGUCCACACAGUCUGUCGAGCGCGCUGCGAUUGCGUUGGAAGCAGUGCUGCCCGAUUGUGCCUAAAACUACGCACGCAUCGCCACAGCCGCCCGCGACGCCGUCGCCGCCGUCUGCAAGCAUUUGACGCCUGACAGCCUUCUGCACUUGCAUUGCUCUGACCUGGGCAGCAUCGAUGCUGCCGUCCAGAAGCCAUCAGCAACCCAAGCCUAGUGCAGCAGGGGAUGAAAAAGUCGACGAGCCGGCCUCGGAGUACGCGCGCCUGGAGCGGCUCGUCGUGGCGUGGCUCGUGGGCGACAGUAUUCUGCUCACGAUCGCCAGUCUGAGUAAAAAUGGCCGCGGGAAAACGCACGCUACGCACCUGGAGAUGCUUACGUGGCCGAUUUGCAUGAGCAUGUGCUGUUUAUAUUUUUUUUGUACACUCGACUCGUCGGCCGUCGGCAGACGCGCGGUUGGAAUUUGGGCGGGGUUCUGGGCUCAUCAGGCUGUAUUUGUGACUGUUCUCUUCUGGUCGGAGGGCUCGCCAACUUAUCAACUCUUCGGUGCUUUCUUGUGGCACGCGUUUCUCGGCGCCGCAUUCGCUUGGCUGAUGAACCUCAUUCGCUCGGAGUUGCGCGCGCUCGACUCACUGGACACGACCCGCACGACAAGACUCCUAGAAAUCAUGGGUCUUCAGACAGCUGUGGGUGUAAUCGCCGUCACACAAGGGAUCGGACCGAAGGCAGGGGAUAGACUGGCUGCGACCGGGUUGUUUCAGCUUUCGCUGUGUAUGGCCUGGCUGUUCUCGAUAGCUAUCUUCGACGUCUCGGGCAUCGAUCCUCACCUCGCGGUGACCAAACUCCGCCUCGGCCUCGUGGAGGGCUCCGCUUUAUUCUUCACCGGUCUCAUGGUCCUCUGCGGUUUUUCGGCCUACGUGCUUUCCGAGCAGUCGCGACCGAAGCAGCGCGCGGUGGAAGGCGUGUGGGGCGUUUUUGCCAUCGCGAUCUUCGGAGGCUUCUGCUGCACCGCCCGCGUCGUGUGGGUCGCACGCCGGCGAAGGCGGUCCAAGGUCGGCGACUCGGACCCGGAACCGCCAGCAUAACUAAGAACGACGAAAAUA